AUUCCAAUUGCUUGUUUAGAAACAAAAAAAAAUUUACAAUUAUGAAAUCACGUUUUUGUGAAGAAUUUGAAUAUCAAAAACAAUAUUAUUUUGAUCAAACAUUUCCAAUUGAACAAAUUAAAAAUAAUAUUGUAUUUUCGGUUGAAGUUUGGCCACCAUUUAUAAAUCUAUUUAAUUUGAAAAAAAAUUCAUCAACAAUUAUAUGUGGUCCAUUAUUGGGCUAUCUAAUUGAAUUGUCUUAUAAAUUGAAAAGCAAUUUAACAUAUAUACCUGAUUUAGAGAAUAAUACAUUACCUUUUGCUGGUUUCGAUGAAUAUGGUAUCAAUCUUAUUCUUACACCAUUUACACCAAUGAAUAAAUUUGAUGAAUUUGUUCAGGAACAUAUACAUCUAAGUCGAAUAGUCAAUGAUGUACCUAUGUUAAGCAUACUAUCAGGAAAGAAAAAAUUGAAAAUAAAUUGGUCUGUGUUCAAUUCGUUUAACGUUUCAUUCGUUCAUCUUAAUAUUAUAUUUUUUCUAUUCAUCGGUUAUUGUAUGUUGAUUUCAAAUUGGAUGAUUAUUGGUUCAUGGAAAUUAAAAAUCAUUUAUGAUAUGAUACGUUGUUUGCUUACUCAACCAAUACAACGAUUACAUCAUGAAAAAAUAAUCCGUUAUUUUAUGCUGAAUCUAUUAUGGUUAUCAUUUUUUCUGAAACUUUUUUUAUCAUAUACAUUAUUGGCACUUAAUCAAUUUGGCCAAGCUCAUGAUAAAAUUGAUUCAUUGAAUGAUCUAGUUCGUCAUCGAAAUAUGGAAAUUUUUCUUUUCGAAGGUGAACCAUCUCAAACUAUAUUGACAGAUUCGGAUCAUCCACUCUAUGCUGAUUUGAAAGAUCGUCUUUUAAUUCAAGGUUUGAUCAUUAAUCUUCAUUUUUUUUUGGAAUUGAUAAUAGAAUUAUUAGUUUAUCUUUAUUUUUAAUCAACAGAUCCACCAAAUGAAAGUAUUGAAGAAUGGGAAAUUCAAAUUGCAAAUGAAAUAAAUGAACGAAAAAUAGCAAUGAUAAGUGAUCAAUAUUAUCUUGAUCAUUUAUACAACACGUUUAUCAAUGAAUUUCCGAACCUAUAUCGAUCAAAACAAAAUACUGUUAUACAGCCAUAUUAUCUUCCAUUAAGUAAUAAUAAUUCAAAUAAGAUGGAUGAAUCAUUCAAUGAAAUGAUAAGAAUAUUAUCGGAAAAUGGCUUGUACAAUUAUUGGGUGUUGGAAACAUUCUAUCAUGCUGAAAUGGAAACACAAAAGAAAAUGAAAAAAUUCAAACGAAAUGAUGAUGAACGUUCAUCACAUAAACAUUCGAUGGAUGAUUUUCAAACAAAAUCAUUGUCCAUCAAUGAUAUACAGAGACAUGUAAUAAUUGAAAGAAUUAGAGAAUAUAAAAAGUUAGAAUAA